CCCGCCCAGAGCUCUCUUUUAGCUGAUCCUAACGAGCAAUCCCAACCAGCAAGGCGAGAAGCGCGCCAGGCUGAUCUAUCUAUAAAGGGCUGGGGCGGCUUUGUGCAAAAUAGAAAGCUGGAGGACUGACAGGAUGUGAUCCUCUGGAACAAAUGUCUUUUACACACAGAGAGAGAGAGAGACGCCCCAGCCUCUAGUUACAUCUCUGGCAGCGCCCAACAACUCUCAGCUUCGCUUACCGGAGUUAUUACUGGCCGAGGCGGCCGCCUGCAAAGAGGCUUUGGCAGCCCCCUCGUGUCCUUCUUCGAAAAGGGCAGCUGGCUCGUCCCGGAGGACAUUGCAGAGUGGGAGAGCGCGGGCAGGGCGGCUGCGAGCGCUCCGGGCGGGAAGAAGCCUCGGCUUUUCGUUUUCCUGAAGCGAAUUUGCUCUCGGCAUCAUGCACAGCUACAGGACGGCGAAGCAGAACCAGGAUUAAGGCGGGAAAAGAGGCGCGGUGGGGUGGCUGGGCAGGGCGGGGCGGCGCUGGGAACUCAUCCUUCUCCCGAAGGGAGAGCCCCGGGCAGAAGCAUCGCCACGCCGACCGAAGGAAGCUCCUAGCCGAGAUCCCGUGCGGGCUAGAAGCCGAGCGCCAUGGAGGGGAGUCCGAUCCCGGUACUCACGGUGCAGACGGUCCCGUACGAGGACCAGAAGCCGACGGGCGGCGGAGGGCUGAGGAGACCCACCGCGAUCUUCGAGGGGCAGCGCAAUUACUUGCCCAACUUCAUCCAGAGCCUGCUCUCCUCCAUCGACCUGCGCGACCGUCAGGGCUGCACCAUGGUGGUGGGCAGCGACGGCAGGUACUUCAGCAAGACGGCCAUCGAGGUGGUGGUGCAGAUGGCGGCAGCUAAUGGGAUCGGAAGAUUGAUUAUUGGGCAAAAUGGCAUUUUAUCUACUCCUGCUGUGUCCUGCACUAUCAGAAAGGUCAAAGCUGCUGGGGGGAUUAUUCUCACAGCUAGUCACUGUCCUGGAGGACCUGGAGGAGAAUUCGGAGUAAAGUUUAACAUUGCCAAUGGAGGUCCAGCUCCAGAUGUUGUUUCUGAUAAAAUUUAUCAGAUCAGCAAAACCCUUGAAGAAUAUGCCAUUUGCCCUGAUUUGAGAAUUGAUUUGUCUCGGUUGGGAAGACAAGAGUUUGAUCUGGAGAAUAAAUUCAAGCCUUUCCGGGUUGAGAUAAUAGACUCUGUGGAGGUUUACCUUAAUCUUCUGCGGACCAUCUUUGAUUUCAGUUCUAUUCGAGGCUUGCUAACCGGGCCCAACCAACUUAAGAUCAGAAUUGAUGCCAUGAAUGGAGUGAUGGGCCCCUAUGUCCGGAGAAUCCUGUGUGAUGAAUUGGGAGCUCCAGCUAAUUCUGCGGUUGAUUGUGUCCCUCUGGAAGAUUUUGGUGGCCAGUACCCUGAUCCAAACUUAACAUAUGCAACUUCCUUGUUGGAAGCAAUGAAAGGAGGAGAGUACGGAUUUGGAGCUGCAUUUGAUGCUGAUGGGGACCGUUACAUGAUUCUAGGUCAAAAUGGAUUUUUUGUUAACCCUUCAGAUUCCCUGGCCAUUAUUGCAGCAAAUCUCCAUUGCAUUCCAUAUUUUCGUCAGAUGGCUGUGCGAGGGUUUGGUAGGAGUAUGCCUACCAGCACUGCCUUGGACAGGGUCGCAAAAUCAAUGAAAGUACCGGUGUAUGAAACACCGACAGGAUGGAGGUUCUUCUCAAAUCUGAUGGAUUCUGGUCGAUGCUCCCUGUGUGGAGAAGAAAGUUUUGGCACUGGAUCUGACCACAUCCGAGAGAAAGAUGGACUUUGGGCUGUUUUAAUUUGGCUCUCAAUCAUGGCAGCUCGAAAGCAGGGUGUGGAGGAAAUUGUUAGAGAUCAUUGGACAAAAUUUGGCCGCCACUACUUUUGCAGAUUUGAUUAUGAAGCACUGGAUCCUAGAAUGGCAUACUACAUAAUGAGAGACCUGGAAGCCUUGAUCACCGACAAAUCUUUCACUAAUCAACAGUUUGCUGUUGGAAACAAUGUUUACACUGUGCAGAAAGCAACCAGCUUUGAAUACGUGGAUCCCGUAGAUGGCACUGUGACCAAAAGACAGGGGUUGAGGAUUAUGUUCACUGAUGCUUCCAGACUCAUCUUUAGAUUAAGUGCUUCGAGCCAUGUGCGAGCCACCCUCAGAAUCUAUGCGGAGAGCUAUGAAAAAGAUCCUAGCAAGCAUGAGAAGGAGCCACAGGCAGUUCUGAGUCCACUCAUCGCCAUCGCGCUGAAAAUAUCUCAGAUUCAUGAGAGGACAGGUCGUAAGGGUCCUACGGUCAUCACCUGAAGGAGGAUUGCUGACUCAGGGCCAACCAUGGAAGGACAAGGAAGAAUGAAGGCAUUGCUCAAGCACACCAGUUCUUUUGUGCCUUAUAUUAGUCUAAGGGCUUGAGGGCAGUUGGGGGGAGGGGGGGGGUGGACAAAAUUCAUUUUGAAUUUCAUUGUUAAGAAAAACAUGCACUUGUCUAUUAUAGCUUCAGCCUCUUCUUGUGGUGCAAAUAAUCAAAACCAGGGCUCUCUGAACAGAUGUGUUCAGAAGAGAUGAUUAAAAAAGAUUCCUGUGUUUGCAUUUGCAAGGCGAAAAUAGGCUACAUGUUUCCUUAGCUCAGGGGUGUCAAACUGCCGGCCUGCAGGCCAGAUGCAUCAUAGCGAAACCGCACCCACCCCAUUGCCGGCAAUGGCAAAAAAGUCACAAUACGUCAAGAAACGUCACAGGACAUUGCGAGUUUGACACCCCUGCCUUAGCUAGUGCUGGCUGAAAAACAUAGAUUUUUGGUAAUAGUGUUUUAUAAAUCUCCCAUCAUAAUUUAAAAAGAAAGCACUCUUAUGAUAGUCAAGGACAUCUUUAAAACCUCAAAAAUAAAAUAUUAUUCUUGGGUUACCUUAUUUUCUAAACCCAUCUGGUAGUUAUGAUGGAUUGAUUUUGAAUUAAAAUACAGGGCUCGCUCUUCAGAUGGUUGACGUCCCAGAGGGUGGAACAACUUAGAAUGUCAGUAAUUUUGUCCUUUCUGAGACAAAGAAUUUGUGUAAUACAAUGAACCACAAACUAGCCAAUCACAUUUUGACCUAGUGGCUUUGUGACCCUGGUCUGUGUGGUUAAUUUAUGGUUCAGUAAUUUCUGCAAAUUUUGAAAAUUAAGUAAACUAUGAGUUAAUCAUGAAUAAGUUCGUGUUGUGUGAACAUAGCCAUUGAAUCCAAGAAAUGCAGAAUCAUGAGCAGAAUCCGCAGGUGGGGCUAUUCUAAUCUGUGUUAGAGGUUACAAAUAUGUAGCUCAACAGGUUUAUUUGGAAAUAGGUCCUCUGAGUGCCUUAAAAUAUAAUCUUCCAUAAAUAUGCCUAAUUCUGCAGCUUUAUCCUGAGAUUUUAGUUAGCCGAUUAUCUUUUUCAAAGCAUGCUGGCAAUUGCCACUCCUAAUUUCUCAGCUCAAGUUUUAAGACUAACGAGUACAAUUUUAUGCACCAGCUGCUACAUUUAUACACACUUUAUGUAUUAAAUCUUACGUAUUUAAAUGGAAAAAUGAGAAAUUAUCUUGCAGCAAUCUGUUUGGCAAACAGCUUUCAUGUUUUGUUCAUGUCUGCUGUUACUCCUAACUACCAUCACCAGCAUAUCUGGUUUGUGUGUGUGGUCUCUCUGCUUGUAGUUUAAAAAUGGGACUGCUUUUUUUCUACUUAUUUCUUCAUCCACCUUCUAAUCGGAUUCAACUCUAUGCAGCUUCAGUUUAAGAUAAAUGCCUUUUGCUAUUAGCUGAUGAAGAUUUCUAUUGUGGAUUUAUCUCCUACUGUGCAGCUAGCUUGACAGUGAUCCCUCCCCUUUGGUUAUCAGUUUCUGUUUUUAGAAGUAAAUCUUUAGACUACUUCCCUCUCACUCGUCUGCAUGUUCACUAUCGUUCUCUCAUAUACGAAUAUUUAAUUAAAAUUAAUUUAAUUCAAAAUCUUUAAAAAAUACCUUUCAAGAUAUAUUUAUGUUCCACUUUUUAAAAGGGCUAGUUAUCACAGCAGAGUUCCAACUUUUAUACAGAUGGAUCAGCUGAUUCUUUAAAAAAAACACUAUUCAUAAGAGACAAUAAAAAAAAUAAAAAGGAAACUAUUCCUUUCCCAGAGCCAAUACCCAGAUAAGCAGGGAUUGACAUCAGACAAACAAUCCAGCAGAAAACAAUACCCUAAUCAAGUAAAUACCAAGGAGAAAACCACAUGCCCUCCAACCCUGGCAGGGCAUGAACAGGCAGAAAAACCACAUUCACUGAUGACGAUGGUGAUGGUGAUGUUAUCUAGUUGGGUAAUGAAAUGUCUGCAAGCAAACAGAGAGGAUCAAGGACUCCACAAACGUAUUAAUUUGGAUAAGGUGGAGAAAAUAGGUCUGUGUGGUGUGUUCCAUUGUCAUGCACUGAUUUAUAAUCAUAAUUCAGAAAGUUGGAAGUGCUGUUUGGUUAUUGCAAAUGUGUGACAAUUGAAUAUCACAUUUAAUGACAGAGAUGGCAUAAUCUUUCUUUUAAGGACUGUAUGCUCUUAUAUAGUUGGAAAUACAUAGUGGAAUUUAAUUCUUUUGUAUGUGAAUAUGACUCGACAAAUUAGGAUUCUGCUACUGAAUCCAUCCCCGUAUAACAUUAAAAUAUUUAAAUGUUAUGUCAUGUUGGAAGUGUAAGAUUCCUGCUUCUAUAUAUUCCUUAUCAACAUCUCUGAAACAUUACAUUGGAAACCAUUUUUAAAAAACCCAUCACUUUUUUACAGCAGAUAAUUUCCUCAACUUUGCAAGUGGAAUUUUGGAUCUUUUCAAGCUAAAGCAGCACAAAACCUGGUUUUCAUAUCUAAAACAAGGGUGCCCAACCUUGGCAACUUUAAGAAUUGUAGACUUCAAUUCCCAGAAUUCCCCAGCCACCCAGAAUUCCCCAUUCUGGAUAGAAAAAUCUGACAGUUGAAAUCUACACGUCUCGUAGUAGCCAAGAUUGGACACCCCUGCUCUUAAAACCUCAAAUGGUAGAAGAAAGCUGAAAAAAAAGGAAAGCAGGAAGACAGUGGAAACAGCUGGCAUUGGAAUUAAAAUGUACUGUUUUGCAUAACUCUGGACAAAGAAAUUAAAAUUCCAUUUUCCAAGUUUUUUCUUUUAAUCAAGAGACAGGGCUUUGGGGUGCAUGAGAGUGUAUGGAGCUGAAGAGGGAAAGUUUCCCAACUAAAACACCAUCUAGGUUGUUCGUGGAACUGUAAUAGAGGUUUUAGAAAUAGUUGCCUAGUUCAGUUAAUGAAAAGCUUGCCCAAUGUCUUACUAAAAAGUCAGGGAAUAAUAUGGCAGGGGAAGGAGGCUUGCUCAGUGAAUGCUAGGAUAUUGAAAAGCGUUUCUGAGUUUGUAAAACAGGGGUGUCCAACCUUGGCAACUUUAAGACUUGUGGACUUCAACUCCCAAAAUGCUGACUGGGGAAUUCUGGGAGUUGAAGUCCACAAGUCUUAAAAGUUGCCAAAGUUGGACACUCCUGUUUUACAAACUCAGAAACAAGUCUGCAAAGCUCCAUCCAUAGCACAAAAUUGUGACAUAAAACUUCUAAAUGUCACUAAUUCAAAUAUUUUUCUUCUUGGGAAGCUGAGGUAUGACUGUUAGUCAUUACAGUGGCUUUUGUGCAAUCUGAAACGUUCAUAGUCUAGUAACAUUGCAAUGGCAAGCCUUCCUUUUUAGUGCAAUCUUGAAUGCUGCUGUGUUUUAAGUAACUGACUUGGAUUCUUUGAUAUGUGUCAAAACUUACUAUGACAUUUAAUAAACUGCUGUGUCAUAUAUGCCUUGCAUGAAAUCGCUGAUGGAACACAACUUGCUCUAAUGCAACAGGUUUUUCUUUAAAGCUGUGUCUAGGUAAAUGAGGCACUGAUUUAUCUUUGCACAGUGUUUUAUUGCAGUAUUAUUAAACAGAUUUUUUGUAAGUCAAAUA